AUGGAAAAUUCUGGUACCAACGCUGGGUUCACUGGUAUCCAUUGUGAAACGAAUAUAGACGAGUGUUCCUCCCAACCUUGUACAAAUGGCGGAAGUUGUGUCGAUGAAGUCAAUGGAUUCAAAUGCACUUGUCCAGCUGGGUUCACUGGUGUCCAGUGUGAAACAAAUAUAGACGGAUGUGCCUCCCAGCCUUGUGAAAAUGGCGCCUUCUGCGCAGAUAAAGUCAAUGGAUUUGCUUGUGAAUGCUUAUCGGGAUAUUCCGGUUUAACUUGCAAUGUGAAUGUAAAUGAAUGUUCCUCGAACCCGUGUCUCAAAGGACUUUGCAUAGAUGCAGUGAAUGGAUACAAAUGCCUCUGUCCGGCUGGUUUCACUGGCAAACGUUGUGAAACAAACAUUGAUGAGUGCGCCUCUGGUCCUUGCAAAAAUGGUGGCGGAUGUGUUGACACAGUCAAUGGAUUCAAAUGCACCUGCCCAGCUGGGUUUACCGGUGUCCAGUGUGAAACGAAUAUAGACGAAUGUGCCUCUCAACCUUGCAAAAAUGGCGGCUUUUGUACAGAUGAAGUCAAUAAAUUCAAAUGUGAUUGUGUGGCCGGGUAUACGGGUUUGACCUGUGAGACAGACGUAGACGAAUGUUCUUCUACUCCUUGUAAGAACGGCGGUAAAUGCAAUGAUGCUGUUAAUGGCUACAGUUGUACUUGCCGUGGUGGAUGGACCGGUCCGUUAUGUGAGGUUGCCAUUGAUGAGUGCUCAUCUAUCCCGUGUCAACACAACGGUUUAUGUAAAGAUGAUAUCGACGGCUAUACGUGUACCUGCCAAAGUGGAUAUACUGGCAAUAACUGCCAAUUGGACAUAGAUGAAUGCAAAUCGUCGCCUUGUCAAAAUGGUGCCACAUGCAGAGACGCCGUCAACAAAUAUAGCUGUGAAUGUCUGCCUGGUUAUACUGGCUCUGAAUGCCAGACCAAUGUUGACGAAUGUGUGUGUAACCCUUGCAAGAAUGGUGCAACAUGUAUUGAUGGUGUAAAUGGAUUCACGUGUUCAUGCAAACCUGGAUUUAACGGUCUUACAUGCCAAACCAAUGUUGAUGAAUGUGCUUCUAACCCUUGCAAGAAUGGCGCAACAUGUAUUGAUGGUGUGAAUGGAUUCACAUGUUCAUGCAAACCUGGUUUUACCGACACUAUAUGUGAAACCAAUAUAGACGAAUGUGCGUCUAACCCUUGCAAGAAUGGUGCAACAUGUAUUGAUGGUGUGAAUGAAUUCACUUGUUCAUGCAAACCUGGUUUUACCAACCCUACAUGUGAAACCAAUAUCAACGAAUGUGCGUCCAACCCUUGCAAGAAUGGUGCAACGUGUAUUGAUGGUGUGAAUGGAUUCACAUGUAGAUGCAAACCUGGAUUUGUUGGCCCAACAUGCGAAACCAAUGUUGACGAAUGUGCUUCUAACCCGUGCAAUAAUGGUGCAUCAUGUAUUGAUGGCAUAGAUGGAUUCACAUGUUCAUGCAAACCUGGAUUUGCCGGCCUUAUCUGCGAAACUAACGUUGAUGAAUGCGCAUCUAACCCUUGCGUGAAUGGUGCAACGUGUAUUGAUGGUGUAAAUGGAUACACAUGUUCAUGUAAACCUGGAUUCGCCGGCCUUAUCUGCGAAACUAACGUUGAUGAAUGCAUAUCUAACCCUUGCAAGAAUGGUGCAACAUGUAUUGAUGGUGUGAAUGGAUUCACAUGUAUAUGCAAACCUGGAUUUGCUGGCUUGACAUGCCAAACCAAUGUUGAUGAAUGUGCAUCUAACCCUUGUAAGAAUGGAGCAACCUGUAUUGAUGGUGUAAAUGAAUUUACUUGUGCAUGCAAACCUGGAUUUGCCGACCCUACAUGUGAAACCAAUAUCAACGAAUGUGCGUCCAACCCUUGCAAGAAUGGUGCAACGUGUAUUGAUGGUGUGAAUGGAUUCACAUGUAGAUGCAAACCUGGAUUUGUUGGCCCAACAUGCGAAACCAAUGUUGACGAAUGUGCUUCUAACCCGUGCAAUAAUGGUGCAUCAUGUAUUGAUGGCAUAGAUGGAUUCACAUGUUCAUGCAAACCUGGAUUUGCCGGCCUUAUCUGCGAAACUAACGUUGAUGAAUGCGCAUCUAACCCUUGCGUGAAUGGAGCAACAUGUAUUGAUGGUGUGAAUGGAUUUACAUGUGGAUGCAAACCUGGAUUUGUUGGCCCAACAUGCAAAACCAAUAUUGAUGAAUGUGCGUCAAAUCCUUGUAAGAAUGGUGCAACAUGUUUUGAUAGUAUAAAUGGAUUCACAUGCUCAUGCAAACCAGGUUUUACCGAUGCUACAUGCGAAACCAAUAUCGACGAAUGCGCAUCUGACCCGUGUCAGAACGGAACAUCAUGUGUAGAUGGCGUUAACAGGUAUAACUGUGUAUGUCCGGAUGGGUAUAGUGGUUCUUUAUGCGAAAUCGAUAAAAAAGAAUGCGCAUCCAACCCCUGUCUCAAUGGAGGAAUGUGUGCGGAUGGCGUGAAUGGGUAUACAUGCAUGUGUCCCGUAGGGUUUUCAGGCUAUAGCUGUGAAACCAACGUUGAUGAGUGCAAAUCAAACCCUUGCCAAAAUGGCGGCAGUUGCAAAGAUGCAAUCAAUGGAUACAUCUGCACCUGCCCAUCGGGAUUUACAGGACCAAACUGCGAGACUGAUAUCUAUGAGUGUACCCCUAAUCCGUGUAAGAAUGGUCUUUGUUUCGAUGGUAUAAACAGUUUCACUUGUAUGUGUGGUUCUGGUUUUGCUGGCCCCACCUGCGAAAUCAACAUAAACGAAUGUGCCUCCAACCCUUGUAAGAACGGCGCAACUUGCACCGACGAUAUUGACAGGUACAAAUGCAAUUGUUUAGCGGGAUAUAUUGGUUUGCAUUGUGAAUCCAAUGUCGAUGAAUGUUCAUCUAAUCCCUGUGGUAGCGGAGGUACCUGCUUGGAUGGUGUAAAUGGAUACACGUGCACAUGUCCAGUUGGUUAUACAGGGACUAACUGCCAGACAAACGUCGAUGAAUGUGCGUCUAACCCCUGUGGUAGCGGGGGAACCUGCUUGGAUGGUGUAAACGGAUACACGUGCACAUGUCCAGUUGGUUAUACAGGGACUAACUGCCAGACAAACGUCGAUGAAUGCUCAUCUAAUCGCUGUGGCAAUGGGGGAACCUGCUUGGAUGGUGUAAACGGAUACAAGUGUAACUGUCAAGUUGGUUAUACAGGGACUCACUGCCAGACAAACGUCGAUGAAUGUGCAUCUAACCCCUGCAGCAAGGGACUAUGUCUCGACGGAAUCGACAGUUUUACUUGUCUCUGUCAGGCUGGAUAUGCCGGACCAACCUGCCUGAUAGACAUUGAUGAAUGUUCCUCCAACCCGUGCUUAAACGAUGGUACUUGUGUGGAUAAAGUGGACGAAUACACGUGUAUUUGUCCUGCUGGUUACAGUGGAGACACGUGUGGAGUGUUACUAACUACCAGUGCCAGUGCCACCACGAUUCUGCCCACCACGACGGUUACAAAGACGACAAAAG